UAUGCACGACAAUUCUUCGUGAUCCCAUACUACAAAGCGUCCAGUGCAGAAUCAGCUGUCUGAUAAGACGGAAGAGCUCUCCCACAAUUGCAAUAUUCGCUCGCUACUUCGUCAAUGAUCCGACGAGCGAUGGGUGAAGUAGACGUAAAAUCUGCAAUCCGGCAGACGCUGGCCAAGAUCGAGGAAGCUCAUUCGAAACGAGUUCAGACCAUUAAACCAUCCAAACCUCUGCUGGUGGCGGUCAGUAAGACGAAACCAGUCGAACUCAUUCUGGAUGGAUAUUCCGCAGGGCAGCGUGAUUUUGGUGAAAACUAUGUUCAAGAGCUGAUCGAGAAAGCCAACGACUCCAAAAUCCUCCAGCAAUGCAAAGAAAUACGCUGGCACUUCAUCGGCCAUCUGCAGAGUAACAAGAUCAAUAAGAUUGUCAACCUUCCAAAUUUACAUAUGAUCCAAACAGUUCACAACGCCAAAACAGCGGAAAGUUUGAACAAGGCUUGGGAGAAAGUAAUGGCAGGAGACCCGAACAAGAACAAACUCAAUGUGCUGAUACAAAUCAACACCAGUGGAGAAGAUGAGAAAAAUGGCACCGAACCGGCGGAUGCAGUGAAUCUGUACCGUUUCGUCACCGAAAAAUGUUCCCACCUGAACUGUCACGGAAUAAUGACCAUUGGACGGUUUGGUCACGAUUACUCCACCGGACCGAACCCGGACUUCAUCGAGCUGAUGAAGUGUCACGCGGAAAUCUGCAGCACCUUCGGAAAGGAUUCCGCCGAGCUGCAGGUGUCGAUGGGAAUGUCGGACGAUUAUAUCCAAGCGAUCGAGAUGGGUAGUACAAUCGUACGCGUAGGCAGUUCUAUUUUUGGAGCCCGAGCGAAGAAACCCGAAGCGUAGGAAUUUUUCCGCCGCAUCUCCGUAUACUAGCGACGCGCACUGGUCCCGAUCGAACUACAACAACUGUUGUGCCAUUUGGGCAAUUCGUCAUGUACAAUAUGUUGAAUUAAAGAAUAUGUUGCAAAUCGA